AUUUGUAAUGGACAAUAAACAAACACUACACUAACAUGGAGCUUGUGUAUUCUAUAGAUUUCAAGACUUAUUCUAAAGAGAAUGAAUUUAGUUUCGAUGAAAAAAUAUGCUGCAGCUUAUCUUGCAGAAACAUUGUAGCGUUUAGUAGAGCUAGAGUAUCAGAAGCUAAUGGGGACAAAGUGGAGAUGUGCUAUGAGGUUUGUGUCGUAGACUUGGACAAACCAUGGCAGGAAUACGAAGUGACCACUUACCCGUCGCCAGUCAAAUACAUGAGGUGGGAUCCGGCAGGCACAGCACUUUUGGUUGUCAACGCUGCAGGGAGGUUUAGCUUGUGGACCAUGAAAAACAACCUGAUCAAUGUGUGGGAAGAGUCAGGUCAUGUUGACAUGGACAAGGAAGAAAUACUUGUUUUAGCUUGGCUACACAAUGGCUCGCAAGUUUUAUUUAAUCCUGAAGCACGGGAUGUGAUCACUUACCCAGAUAAAUUUUCAAGAGCUAAAAUGAUUCCAUCGGUGACGCAGUUUGGGAAAAAACCUGUGGAUGGAUGGAUAGCAAUCACGUCAACAGCAAUGGUCCAUGUUGGUCUCAUACCAGACAAAGGAUCAGCAUUGGUUACAGCCAAAGCGUCCAUUGGUCAGACCAAUAGCCACAUCAUACAGGCUGAUGUAGCAUUUAUGCCUGAUGGUCAGAUUCUGAUAGCCACAAGUGAUGGCUAUUUAACAUCUUCAGUCCAUUGCUAUGUAGCUGCUGUGACCUUGAAAAACCAUGUGUGCAGCAUUCGCACCAGCCCAUCAGCCAGUUUUUUCCUUAAAAAGCAGUCAGUGCCUGAUGGUACACAAGAAGAGCCACGUUUGACGAGGUUAAGUUUUCUGAGCAGAGAAAACAGCGAGAUCUUAUUAGCAUGUUGGGGAACAUCAUCAUUUAGCUGUGUGGAGGCCUGGCAUUUGAUUGAUCAAACCAUUCCCUUGAACAGAAUGUUCCAGAAUGCAGCUGUAACAGAGUAUGCCUACAAGACAAAGCGUUGGAUACACAAGUCAUCUUUCACACAACGCUCAGCACUCACGGAUAUCGCCAGACCAAAAUUACCCAUCAGUCGUUCCUUCAACAUGGAGUCAACAAACUUCCUGUCCUACUUUGCAUGCACCUACAGAGAUGGCACCAUUAAAAUUGUUCAUCGACAAAGUUAUCAGGUAAUCCACACAGCCUUUAUGGAGCAGCUGAUCAACUUCAAAUCCUUGGUCCCCACUGACAAUGUCAUUGCAGAACCAUUCGAGAAGCGAGCCAGGCUCUCUGUGCCUCACUUGGUGUCAGUUGUUCAGACUAACACAGGCUGCGGGUUGGUUGGCCUUGACGAGUCUCGGCUGUAUCUGUUCCGCAUCUUCAACUCUCGUGACGGCUCCUUACAGCUGAUGCCCCCCUUUGUGAUCCUCCUGCUGGAGUAUACGAUGUUUGUAGGGCUGGACGUAUGGGACGUACUACUGGCUGUAAGACAAGGAAUGGUUGAAGGAAUAGUAGAAAAACUCAACACCAACUUUCAGAAACAGUCUGUGGCAUUUCAGGAACUUCUUCAACAGAGACUUCUACGUCUAAAGAUGGCUCUUUACUCUUGUUUGAGUUCUGGGAACCAGCGGGCAGCAGACUGCAGGGCCAUGAUAACACUCCAUGCUAUUACAACUGUUUUGAAAUCCUGUUUGAGACCUAAGUCUGUGACAGCCCAAGAUAAGAGUCCGUCUGAAAAAUUAACCAAUUUGUGUUCAGUUUCUAUGGAGAAAGACAUCGACCAGAUCAUCAAAAAUAUUGAUGUAGAAGAAUUCAUUUUAGAUUCAUUCAAGAAAGCUGGCUCAGUGAAGCCAUCCUGCGAAGCCUCACUUCAAGCAUUGCAACCUUUCAUCCAGUGGAUCACAGAUUUCAUACUUCAUCUCCUUGCUGCUGUAUCCAUGUAUCCAAAUCCAACAUAUCCAGGAUCAACACUCAUCAAAAAUCCUCAGGUUCUAUGUACUCUUCGAGAGUUACUGAUCAUCAUAAGGAUAUGGGGCCGGUUCAACCCAGUCUGCCUACCAGUCUUCAUGACCACAGUCUCUAUGGAUGCCCUGUCGUACUUGUUCCAUCUGGUCACCAAGGCCUUAAUAACUAUCAGAGAAGGUGCAGCCCUGGAGUCUGAUCAAACUUUUGUAGAUGAGUGCUGCAACCUGCCAAGUGAGAUUUUACUUCCAAAUUACAAGAAGACGUUCGGUGAAGAGAUGAACUGUUACCUGGCGUUUUCACAACCAUUUCCAAUCAAUUAUCAGUUCGGUGAAGAGCCAGACUUUCUCUUCAACCCUCGUUACUCCAGCAGGAUUUACCCCCUAGAUCUCUGCCUGGAUGCAGACCAGAAGUAUGACUGUGUCCGACAGAUACAGUUGGGGGUCAACCCAAAGGAGCCCCUCAGGGAGUGCGUUAGGUGCCACUCACUUUCUCUACGUAGGAAAGUGUCGGCCACAAAAUCGUCCCUCUUGAAAGCCUGGGAGCUGAGGUUUGUGAAAUCAUGUCUGUGUGGAGGCCACUGGAAGUUGAAAACGUCUCAACAAAACACAUUGGGACAGAAAUGAUUUGAAAGUAUGUGGAGUUUUGUAGACAAUGAAAUUGUGCUACAACCUUACAGGUCUUUAAAAAAACUGAAAUCAACUCUCCAGUGUAAUCUGAGCUGCCAUGUAAACACUACGGCCUCAGCAGUAAUGAAACGUUUCAUUUUGAGCUCAGGCAACUUAUUUGUUAUGUCAUUCCUGCUCUAGCAGACUCAGUGCACUCUGGUUCAGACUCUUGUGUGGACAUGUCCAUGCUGUUUAUUCAAAACCAUUUCUACAAUGAAUCCCUAAACCUCACUUCAUGACUCAUUCAGGGUUGUAACCAAAGAAAAUCAUCUGCGUUGCAAAGAAAAAGUUUUUACCAUUCCUCUUUUCAGCAAACUCUUCAUAGGAUCAAAGAAACAUAAAAACAAAAGGGAGGAACCUGGGUGGACAUUGUUCUCAAAAACAGCUCUAUCGAUUUUCCUCCAAAUUAGACAGUUGAUCUGCAUCUUUAGGAAAACUCUAGAUUGACCGUUAUAAUUUUUCAAAGAAUGAUACAAAUUAAUUUAAAUCUGGCUAGGGGUCUAGACAAUCUUUAUCUUGAACAGACAUGUGCCAGUGGGUAUUUCCGCUUGUAUUCAUUAAAUAGUCAAACGAUGAUCAGGAACAUUAUGUAUCCCCUCCCC